AUGGGUCCUGUUCGGACCAAGACCGUGAAGAAGGCGGCUCGGGUCAUCAUCGAAAGUCUACUAAAGUACUACUACACCCGCCUGGGCAACGACUUCCACACCAACAAGCCUGUAUACCAGGAGAUCACCAUCAUCCCCAGCAAGAAGCUCUGUGACAAGAUUGCCAGACAUGUUACUCAUCUGAUGGAGCGCAUCGAGAGAGGCCCUGGGAGAGGUAUCUCCAUCAAGUUGCAGGAAGAAGAAAGAGAAAGGAGGGAUAACUAUGUCCCUGAGGUCUCUGCUUUGGAUCAGGAGAUCAUUGAAGUGGACCCUGAUACCAAAGAAAUGUUGAAACUCCUGGACUUUGGCAGUUUGUCCAACCUGCAAGUUACCCAGCCCACGGUUGGGAUGAACACCAAGAGGAGCUGUUUAAUGUUUACUUUGGUUCAUACACCAUGGGAAGCAGAAUUCUGGGAACUUCUCCCCUUAAAGAAGCCUUCUACAAGUACACUGAGAGUUGAGAGAAGGGAGAGAUCAAAACGGGUUGCAGUGGUUAGAGAUUUCAUAGAAAUGGGCUUUAACUGGCACCUGAAAGUUGAGUAA